AGACUUGCGUUACGAUUGUCCAGAUAGCUGAUAGCUGUUACUCGCGGUCAGACGAAACUGGUGCCGCGACGUCCAGCGCUGACCUGACCGCCGCAAUCGGCGUACACGUGACGACCAGACGACUACACGUGCCCGCGCUGAUACAAACUAAAUUUCAAAUAUACCACGUACCACGUACUUUUGUUUCAACUCAAAACCUCUUUUUUUGACCCAUCGAAAAAAUAACAAUGGCCGAUAUGAAACGAUGGAAGGAUAAAGUAGCGCUGGUCACAGGCGCUAAUGGAGGCAUUGGCAUUGCGAUUACCAAACGAUUCCUGGAACUGGGAUUUACCGUAGUGGCCGUAGACAAGAUUUGCGAACGACUUUUGGAGUUUAAAGAUGAAUCCAAAAAUAAAAAACUUCAUCCUUUAAACGUGGAUUUAUGUCACGAAGAAGAGAUCAUACGGGCAUUUCAAUGGGUAGAAGACAAUUUCGGAGGCGUAGAUGUGCUAAUUAACAACGCUGGUAUCGGUGGACAAGCUACUCUCAUAGAUGGUACGGUAUCAGAAUGGAAAAAAAUGUUGGACGUCAAUGUAAUAGCAUUAAGUAUUUGUUCACGUGAAGCCGUAAAAUCAAUGAUAAGUCGCAAUUUGGAAAAUGCUCACAUAAUACACUUAAGCAGUAAUUUAGCCCAUUAUGUACCCACAUAUGGUCCGUUUCAUUUUUACUCCGCAACUAAACACGCUGUACGCGCCCUAACUGAAGGUCUAAGACAAGAACUAAGGGACAUAAAAAGUCCAAUACGAGUCACGUGUAUCAGUCCUGGAUUAGUAAAGUCUUCAAUAUUCAAAAGUUCACUGGGGGAAAAAUUUGAUAAGCACCUAUAUGACGCAUACCCAAGUAUUAAUCCUUCUGACAUAGCGUCGACUAUUGAAUUCAUAUUAGCCACACCAUCUCACGUACAGGUUCAAGAUAUCAUCAUUAAACCACUAGGUUCAGAGGCAUAGUAAAAACAAAUUAUUCCUAUGUGGAUGAAAAAUAAAAUAAUGACCCAAGUUUAAAACAUAAUAAAAAUUUAUUUUUGCAAAACACAAUAAUGUUAUUUACAAAACAUAAACCACAGAAAUGUUAAAAAAGAGAAAAUGCAGUUAACAUAAAAUUAUUUACUAAAAUUAUUAUUACUUAACUUAUACAACUCAGGUGUUUUUGUAGCAAAAUCACAGUUACUAAAUAAGUAUGUGUUUUGGUUAAAUAUUUUUAAGUUAAUUCCUUAAAUUAUUGUUACUUAUAAAAAUGUUUUAUAAUUUUUACAAUCCCUAUAUAUAUAUAUAUGUUCAAUCACAUUUUUUCCUUUCGUUUAGAUACCAACGUUACAUCGUCUUAUAUCAUAAGUAUAUACAUAGAUAUAUUAUAUAUACAUAUAUAUAUACAGAAACUGCAUACACCAGUGACAUAGUUUUUUUAUCACAAAAAUUACCAAACUAAACUUAUCAAAUAGCUGAUUAUUCUGUAAUGGGCAUAGGACGAUGCAAUAAAAAAUAAGUGCAAUAUUAGAAAACGCACACAAUCCUGUUGAAUGACAGAUGACUGUCGGCCUUUAUUGCCUGGAAAUUCACCUGUAGAGUAAAAAGUUUCUAAGAGACGCUCUUUUUCUUCCCAACGAUCGAACAACCAUUUAGUCAUUUCUUCUUGAUCUUUAGGAACCUAAAUUUUAAAAUUAUGGUAAAAUCAAAAUCUGUUUAAACACUAUAGAUAACAGUACAAUAUAGAUAGGCAACUCUAUUGUAAAUGGUGAUCCACACAUACACAGCUUUGGCCACGCAGCCUAAUUAUGAUACGAUGCCACAAAAUUAUUUUGCAAAGGCAUUUACAGAGCCGUGUGGCUGCAAAUAAAAACUAAUUAAUUACAUUACCUUUUUAAUAAGACUGCUUAAAAUUUGCUUCAAGCUGGUUCAUGUGUAUAUGUAAACAAAUAUUUUGUUGUGCAGCAUUUUGGUAAUAAGUAACGCGACCAUUAGGGGUGUCAAAGCUGUGUAUGUAUGGAUCCGCCUUAACCAUUAAAACUAUUUAACCCAUUAUUGUCAAGCUCUCAAAGGUAAAAUUUUACAAAAUCUCCAUUGAAUAAAAUUAAUAUACAAGGAAUGUUCAUUAGACUUAAUAUAAAUUAUGUAUAAUGUUAUUAUGUUAUUAACUUACUACUGAACUAGGAAACAAUCUGUAGUACAUAUGAGUGCGACAAGCUCUUCGUUGACCCAUUAUAAUGGUUGGUAAGUCUAAUGGUUUACCUUCAGGAUACGCAAUUGUUACAUCCAAUAUCCAUGUCAACUUGUCAGUAUUUUCAUCUUAACAAUUAUAUUAAAUAAUAAAAACAUUAUAUAAUAGUAAUAAUAAUUAAAAUAAUACAACAUUUUUAUAAUUUGUUUAAGAGAUAUUUUUUCUUGGUCUAUUCGUCCUCAAUACUAGACUGGUCUUUUAAUAACAUCUGGCCUGUUAAUGAUACUAAUUGUUUUUGUUCUAUUAUAAGUUAUUAGAUGAAAUUUUUGAAGGUUGGGUGAGCUAAGAAAUUACUUAGGAAAAGCCCCUUAGCCAUCAGUACACGACAGUAUUUUUAGAUAUAUUUAUUCAAGCGAUAACACUGUACAUUUUAUCGACAGUAAAAUAAUUAAUAGUUGUGUGGUCGCUGGCAACCAUAUGGUGGUCAACUUAAUUCCUGCUAAUUUUUGGAAUAAAUGCCAAUAUUCUGUUACACAUAUUUAAUAUAUACAAUGUUUAAUUAUUCGUUAAAGUUGGGUAUUUAUCUUACAACAUGGAAAUCUAGUUUUAUAACAUCAGUUUGAAAAAGUGAAGACAGAUAGACAGUGAUAUAAAGUUAAAAUACUGUUCAUUAGAUUUAUUGUAGUAUAUGUAUACUUAAAUUAUAUCAUUUUGUUGUAAUUAACGAGUUAAUAAGAGUAUCAUAACAAUAAAUAAAUAUUCUUACCGAAA